AGCUCGAGAAUGAGAGCCAAAAAAAGUUGAUAUUCAGCAGCCCUUCUAGUUGUCAUGUGCGUUCGCUCCUUCUUGCGUCCGCGGAAUCUAGUUCUUUCUCAAAGAUAUGAAAACGACAAGACAUGAAGUUGUUCGAGGUUCAGAAGCGUCAGUUCGCGAGUUGGCGCGUUUGGGGUGUCACUAGGAGCACCCAGAAAACACUCUUGCAACAACACGAUGCCGCAUUGAUGGAACGAGAUCAUGGUGCCAGUGGACGUCAGAUAGUUGGCGUUGGAGGACCACAUCAAGGUGCUCGGCCGCAGAGGAGGAUGGAAUAUCAAUCGAGCGAUCGAAUGCGUGGAGGGCAAAAGUCUAGAGGAUCUUCUCCAGGAUCCCCUGCGAUCCUGUCAGGAACAACAUUGUCCGCUCCGUCAUCCUCUCCGUCAUCAUCUCCAGCUUGGUCAGCUUCAACUUCUUCGACUACGACUACGACUUCGUCCCACCAUCAUUUAGUUCAAGAAUCACGAGUCCGAGGACAGUACAUUCCAACUCCCGCUCCUGGAUUCUCGAGGCCGUGGCUUUGCAGUGGUGGAGCUUUGUCGUCGUCCGUUGGAGGCAAGACUUUUUCGGACUUUCAAAACUUUCGACGUGGUUGUGCAGGGGCUUUGAGGGCUGCUUGCGCAGCUGGAGACAUCGAGGCCUUUGAAGAACUCGUACAUACAGUGUUAAGGCUCAGAGUUCAUUGGUCUUCACGUAAGUUGGGGUCUUUGAGAUCGAAGAGGGCCCCUCGUGAGAGAACAGGGGAAAACUAAGGGGUUAGAGAGGGGUAGCGGAGCCCUUUUCUUUCAGAAUCAGUGACUAAUGACUUCCGACCCUUUUAACAGGGGGCUCAAAAGUAGCACUGAGGGAAGCGUUGGAUGAAAAAGAGCCAGCAACUGGUCGCUCGCCACUCUGUCUGGCUGCAAUUAGAAAGCAGGACUGGAUCUGCCGACGCUUGUUGCAGUUGGGAGCUAACGGGCACGCAAGAGACGCAUCUGGCAGAACUGCCGCUGACUACGCCAAGAGUUCUGGCUGCCCUAGAGUUGCGAAUGUGUUUGUAUUGUACAACUUGCUUUCGCUAGAUCCAGAACGUGAGGUCACGCAACUGUUCGGAGCCUCCUUCCUCGAAAUCGACCGUUUAAGGUUGAGGAAAAACCUAAGGUGGAAGUCCGUGAUGCCUCAGAGGCUGAGCAAUCCACACAAGUGUGUGGAUAACGCAGAGGCAGGGAUCAUGGGAGAGAAGUUGAUAGCGCACAUCAAAGCUCCGGAGUUGAUCCAAACACCGCAAGGCUACUUCCCACGAAUCGGUCGUGAAAAAUUCCGCCGGCCAGUGCGCUCACAGCAGAAACGACGAACGAGGCCUUCGUAUGGAACCAGUCGGCCGAAUCACUAUGCGCGUCGAUGAGAUGGAAACGAAGAUAGAGAGCUACGUCUUGACACUUCUAUGUACUCAUACAACCAGAGGAAAAGGAAAUGUUAUACUGUGAAUGAAAACCAAUGCCAUGCGAUUUUGAGUUUAACAACAUAUGAUGAGCUAUCUCACCAGCGCGGAUGGGUACAAUCGUGAUGAGCGAUUGCUCAUUUUCUGGAGGUGCUCGACGCCAGCAGUUACGAGCACUAGCAGCUGCUAGAGCCACAAGUUCGCAAAGAGUCACUACAUAUCGUUUGAG